CAGUUUUCAAGCUUAUUAAUGGCCAUUACUGUCAUUUCAGUACAACUAUCACCGGAGCAACAAAAAGUUCUCGAUAGUUUGAAUCCGAGGCAAAGAAGGAUAUAUGAUGCUACGCCAGGAAAAGUUGAUUUUCUAGAAGGAAUUUUAGAAGAUCGUAAAAAAUCGGAAGUCGGAUGGGAACUAAUGUCUCUUUCAAUUUACACAAUAACCACUAUUGUUGUUACUUUUGUAAAUGCACGAUAUUUUAAUAGUGAAGAUUCAACAAAAACCUUUGUCAUAAUUAUAAAUAGUGUUUACUACGGAAUCAAGUCAAUUAUUGUGGGAAUAAAGAAUUGUUAUUGCGAUUUUAUUGGGAAUUUUCGUCGUAUCACCAACAAUCACAAAUUCUUUCGUAAAUGUUGGGCUGGAGAUGUCGAAGUUCGCCAUUCUAUUGAUUGGUCGCUAAUCCAAAGAUUCGGACAUUAUUGA